AUGGAGCAGCAGCAGCGGUGCUUCUACACAGCCUACACCUCCCUCACCACCAUUUUUAACAGUGCUCUAUUUUGCUCCAAUUUAGAUCUCGUGGGUGGGCCAGGGGAUCCAGAGAGCCAGGGGCUGGAUUCGUUGAAGAUCCAUCGAAGCCCUGUGAGCAGCUUCAUCGCCGACGGCGUCAAAGCUACCACCGUCAUGAGUACUCCAAUUAUGAAGCCGUUCUUCUUUUGGACCUCAGCGGUCGCCGUCGCCCUCGUCUCCAUUCUCCUCCACCUCAACCACGUUCUCCCUCACGGCCUACUGGUACUUCCUAGCGCCAACACCGCCAGCAAUGCGCUGAGCCCGUCACUCCUAUGGCGGAGCGGCCGCCACCGCCAUCGAAGUCACCACCGGAGGCGGCCGAAGACAGGGUGGUGUGAUAGUUCCAGGUGGGCGUCGCCAAUCGCUUCCGAGCAGAACGUGACGCUGGUGCUCACCGUGGAUCAGCAGGGGUGUGCAGAUUUCAGUAGCGUGCAGAUGGCAGUGGACGCUGUGCCGGAGUUUAGCCUGAGCCGGACGCUUAUCAUCGUCGACGCCGGCAUCUACAGGUGGUUUUAA